AUGCGUAUCGACGUUGUGUUCGUCCUUACUUCCCUCUUGGGCAUGACGGAUGCUUUGCGCCGCAGUUGCAGGUACAACCCCCAAAACUGGGGUGAAGGGUGGUACUACACCGCCAGCGGGGACACACUCAACACCGUUGCGGCAGACUUCUGCGUCAGCCCUAAUGUCGUUGCACAGUGGAGUGGCAGGCACGACGAUUUCAAUGCCCGUCUUCCCUCAGGUAUCAACCUGAGGCUUCCUUGCCGCUCCCGUCGACGCGACUGCCGCAGAAACAGCCCAAAUCGUGAUGGCGCCUAUGUCAUUGUCUCAGGCGACACUUUGAAUUCCAUUGCUGGCGACUUUUGCACCACAGCAAACACAUUGGCGGCCAAGAACUCACAUUUGAUCAAGAACAAAGACAGCAUUAGAACUGGCUGGGUGAUUCAAGUUCCUUGCGGUUUCAAUCAGUAG